CAAGAAAAGCCCAAAUUCUAAAAACUCCCGCGUCCUCGAAUAAGGGUUUCGGAGCCAGCCGCCGGUGGAAUCCGAUCUAGUGAAUGUGAAGCGCAGUAGUUCAAAAAUUUUGAGUUGCGAUUCUUUGUUCGGAGAAGAAGAAAAUCUCGCCGGUUUCCUCCACUCAAACCCUAGUCGAUCAGCGGAGAUCCUGCAGCCAUGGCGAGCACUAAGGUUCAGAGGAUUAUGACCCAGCCCAUUAACCUGAUCUUCAGGUUUCUUCAAAGCAAAGCUCGGAUUCAGAUUUGGCUGUUUGAGCAGAAGGAUUUGAGAAUUGAAGGCCGAAUCAUUGGAUUCGAUGAGUACAUGAACUUGGUGUUGGAGGAUGCUGAGGAGGUCAAUGUCAAGAAGAAGAGCAGAAAGUCUCUUGGGAGGAUUCUUCUUAAAGGAGACAACAUUACGCUGAUGAUGAAUACGGGAAAGUGAGCUACUUCCUCUUUGGACCGCCAUGUGUAGACAAUACGAGUGUGCAUGAAAGUGGAGGCUGUAAGUUCAUCCGGGUUUGUCGAAUCUCUUUAGAAGACUGAUUAAUCAGAACGUAUGUUUUUUAUGUUUAGGUCGGGUCUGUACUGUAUGGCAAGUUGUAGUAGUUCGUGUUGAUGAACGAUUUCCAAAUCAUGAGAAAGUAGUAUCUGUACGGUUAACCUCCCUUGUUUAUCUAUGGCAAUUGGCAAGUUGUAGUUAUCCUCUUUACACAUUCCAGUUUCUAUGGACUUCUUUCAUGUAGUUCUGUGUGGCUUGUACAACUUCGUUUUCUGCUUACCAGGGCAAAGUAUCGAAUCUCUCGCAGUCUCAAUGAUGAGAGCAAGGCUAUUCGCCUAUUCCUUCAAACCACAAAACUUAGCA